CUUGAACAGUCGCCAUUUCAGAAGUCAAUUGUUAAAAUGCUGGAGAGCGGUGCGAAUAAUUAGGUCUGCAAGAUAACUGGGACAGUAAAUGAGAGUGAUCUGUUGGAAGAGAAUGGAAAUAUGAUGAUCGAAAUAUGGAGAGUGAAAGCUGAAGUUAACUGAUCAUCAAAGACACCAUAAUGGCACACUCAUCAACAGGAGAGGAUUGUGCUGAGCAGCCACCUGCUGAUCUGAGAUCAGCUACUCUCCAUCCCUUCAUCACAGCCCAGACUGGAGGCAAUGCUGUGGUACCCCAGCUUGUCAGAAACAAUAUUACGGGUGAUCUAAAUAUUACUAUAAACAUCAGCUCUGAAGACAAAGGUGUUAAGCACAGAGGAGAGCCGAAGCUGAAUAAAUGCCCAGAGGAGCCCUCACUGGGUGCUGGAGCUGCAGCCGGUGGUGACUGCACUGGGAGGAGGCACAGUGCUGAGGCCAGCUCUGUCUGCACACAAGAAGAGCAGGGACACAGCAGCCAUGGCAUGGACUGUACUGAGACAGACCAGGGAGACAGACAGUCCGUGAUUGUCAGUGCUGUACCCUUGUAUUGCAAUGAUCAGGACCAGGAAGCAGAAUACAAGAGAUGUGCACAAAGAGUCCAAGAGAAGCUGAAAUCCAGUCUGAAGGAGAGGUUUGAGUGCAUAGUUGAAGGGGUUGCAAGGUUGGGACGCUCCUCACGCUCCAAACGCACGCUCCUCAACAAUAUUUACACAGAGCUCUACAUCACAGAGGGGGAAAGUGAGAGGGUCAAUAAUGAACAUGAGGUGUGGCAGAUUGAGACAGCAUCCAGGACACAGACCACAACAUACACUGCAAUCAACUGCAAUGACAUCUUUGAGCUCUUACCAGGACAAAAAACACCCAUAAGAACUGUGCUGACAAAGGGGAUCGCUGGCAUUGGGAAAACAAUCUCUGUGCAGAAGUUCAUUCUCGACUGGGCAGAAGGAGAAGCCAAUCAGGAUAUUCGUUUCAUGUUUGUUCUUCCUUUUCGGGAGCUGAACUUGAUUAAAGAUGAACAAUACAGUCUGCUUGAGCUUCUGCAUGUCUUCCACCCUGAAACAAGAGGGAUUGAAAACAUUAAGUCUGAUGUUUGCAAAGUUUUGUUCAUCUUUGAUGGUCUAGAUGAAAGCAAACUUCCCUUAAAUUUCCAGCACAACAAGGUAUUAUCUGAUUUAACAAAGACAUCCUCAGUGGACAUGCUGUUGACAAACCUCAUUAAGGAGAAUCUGCUUCCCUCUGCUCUCCUCUGGAUCACCUCCCGGCCAGCAGCAGCCAAUCGGAUCCCUUCUGAGUAUGUCCACCGGGUGACAGAGGUACAAGGGUUCAGUGACCCACAGAAGGAGGAGUACUUCAGGAAGAGAUUCAGUGAUGAGAACCAGGCCAGCAGAAUUAUCUCUCACAUGAAAUCAUGCAGGAGUCUCUACAUCAUGUGUCACAUACCAGUCUUCUGUUGGAUUUCUGCUACUGUUCUGGAGCGACUGUUGGGUGAGUCUGACUGUGGAGAAAUCCCUAAAACUCUGACUGGAAUGUACACACACUUCCUGCUCAUUCAGUCCAGCAUCAAGGAUCAGAAGUAUCAGGGAAGAAAUGAGACAGAUCCACAAAAGCUUCUGGGGCUGGAUAAAGACAUGAUUCUGAAACUGGGGCAGCUGGCUUUUCAACACCUGGAAAAUGGCACUCUCAUGUUCUAUGAAGAGGACCUGAGAAAGUGUGGCAUUGAUGUCACUGAAGCGUCGGUGUACUCUGGGGUGUGCACAGAAAUCUUUAAAGAGGAGUCUGUGCUGUAUCAGAAGAAAGUGUACUGCUUUGUGCAUCUGAGCAUCCAGGAGUAUCUGGCUGCUUUGUCUGUGUUUCACUCAUAUGCAGUCAACAAGAUAAAUGUAUUGAAGAGGUUUUUCAGACAAAUUUUCUCAUUGACCGACCAGUCACUAUAUGACUUGCACAAGAAAGCUGUUCAGAAGGCCUUGGAGAGUAAGAAUGGGCACCUGGACCUCUUCCUGCGAUUUCUUAUUGGCCUCUCACUGGAUUCCAAUCAGAACCUUCUCAAAGGCCUUCUGACACAGACAGGAAGUAACUCGGAGAGCAUCAAGAAGACAGUCCAGUACAUAAAGAGUUUGGAGAUGAAGGAUUCCUCCCCAGAGAGGUGCAUCAAUCUGCUCCACUGUCUGGCUGAACUAAAUGAUGAUUCGCUAAUGAAAGAGGUCCAAACGUACCUGAGCUCAGAAAGUCAUGAAAGGAUCUCACCUGCACACUGCUCUGCCCUGGCCUAUAUGCUCCUGAUGUCAGAGGAGGUGCUGGAUGAGUUUGCCCUGAGGAAAUACAACACCUCAGAUGAGGGGCGCAGGAGACUGGUUCCAGCUGUGAGGUGCUGCAGAAAGGCUCUACUCUGUGGCUGUAAUCUUACAGAGAAGUCCUGUGAAAGUGUGAACUCAGCUCUAGUUACCAACUCCCAGCUGAGAGAGCUGGACUUCAGCAACAAUAAGCUGGGAGAAUCAGCAGUGAAGCUGCUCUGUGCUGGACUGAGGAGUCCAGUGUGUGAUAUACAGGCUUUGAGACUCAGCAGCUGUAACCUUAAUGAGAAGUCCUGUGAAAGUGUGAUCUCAGCUCUACAGUCAGUCACCUCCUCCCUGAGAGAGCUGGACCUCAGCUACAAUAAGCUGGGAGAUUCAGGAAUGAACCAGCUCCGUGCUUUACUGAUGAGUGCAAACUGUAAACUACAGUCUUUAAGGCUGUCAGGCUGUCGAGUCACAGAGAGAGGCUGUGCUUCCCUGGCUUCAGCUCUGCGUUCAAACCCCUCACACCUGAGAGAGCUGGAUCUGAGCUACAACCACCCAGGAGACUCAGGAGUGAGAGCGCUCUCUACUGGAGUGGAGGACCCCAGCUUUAAACUGGAGACACUGCUUGUGGACCAUGGAGGAGAGAUUAGGCUCAAAGCAGGACUGAGGAAAUAUGCCUGCCAGCUCACACUGGACCCCAACACAGCACACAGAAACCUGUCUCUAUCUGAGGGGGACAGGAAGGUGACACACACACACAGAAAGCUGUCUCUAUCUGAGGGGGACAGGAAGGUGACACUUACACCGGGGAGAAAGCAGCCAUAUCCUGAUCACCCAGAGAGAUUUGACUCCGUGCAGCAGGUGCUGUGCAGAGAGGGUCUGUCUGGGACUCGCUGUUACUGGGAGGCUGAGUGCAGUGGGGAGGCUAUGAUUGCAGUGGCGUAUAAAGGAAUCAGCAGGAAAGGAUGGGGUUCUGACAGUGCGUUUGGAUACAAUGAUCAGUCCUGGAGUCUGUGGUGCAGAGAUGUCGGGUUCUCUGCUUGGCACAAUAAUAACAGCACUUCCAUACCCCCCUCCUCCUCCUCCUCCCGCCCCCGCAGAGUAGGAGUGUAUCUGGACUGGCCGGCCGGCACUCUGUCCUUCUACAGCGUCUCCUCUGACACUCUGACCCACCUGCACACUUUCCACACCACAUUCACUCAACCCCUCUGUCCUGGGUUUUGGGUAGGAUGGGGCGAGUCAGUGUCCCUGUGCAUGCUGGGAUAGAUCCCUGUAUCCUGGAGGAGUUGAUGGGAUGUUAUUCACUGUUGUCAUGACUACAUAAAUCUCCACAUUAAUCCUGACAGUGUACAAACACUGGAGGGAGCACUCAUUCAGUUUCUACUAAACAGGUUUUAGUUACUAUGAUUCAUU